AUGUCCCAAUAUUCAACAUCAAAUAAUCAAUUUGUUUCUCGCUCCAAUCAUGUCGAAUGCAAAUGUGGUCUUCCAUCUCCGUUAAUGACGACUUUGACAUAUGUGAACCAAGGGCAUCGGUUUUUUGGCUGUAGGAUGUACAAGAGUCAGAGAUAUAAGAAGUGUAGUCACUUCGCCUGGUAUGAUGAAGAGAUGUCUCAAAGAGCCAAGGAAGUAAUAUCUUCAAUGCAUCAAAAAUUAAACCAAGAAAAAUUCAAACUAAAUGAAGCCAUAAUUAGAGAGGAUCAAUUGAAGUUGAAGAUCAAGUUUUUGAAGAUGAUGAACAAAUUUAUCAUGGGAAUGACAUUAGUUUUAUUAAUUGGAUUGAUUGUAUCAAAUGUAAUCAAUUAG